UUUACAGUUGGGCAGCUGCGAGGUUGCUUUUUGUGGAUUCUGGUUCAAAAUAUUUCACGCACGUCACAAUUUCAGUAACAAAACUAAAUGCAAACUCGUUUCUUACAUCAUUUCAUGACGAGUUUACCACCACUUCUCGGAAAGAUGAAGACGGUCUUUGUAUUUUGUUUUAUUGCUUUGGUUCUGUUCCAAACAAUAAGUGCCUGUGACGACAACCAGUAUCCUAAUGAGUGUGGAACCGCCUGUCCAGUGAAUUGCCAAAACCGCCACAGCCCUCCGAGUUUCUGUACUCAGCAGUGUGUCAAUAGAUGUGAUUGUAAAAAAGGUUACAUCUUCAAGAGCGGCAAAAGUGGCCAAUGUGUGAAACCCCGAGAUUGCCCAUGAUAAUAAAACUGCUGCUUAAAUCUUCAUUUAAUUUUGGCUGAAAAAUAAAAUAUACAAUAACAAUGAA